AUGUGCAAGAUGCUGCUUGCGCUGUUAGCAUCUGCUAUUUUGAGCGGAGCAUUAUUUUCCUAUUUGCGAUGGUUAAAAGUGAAGCGCUAUUGGUCGCAGCGGGGGGUUAAGAGUUUUCCACCGAAUCCAAUUUUAGGCAAUCUGACCUUCCUAUUACGCUAUGACAUGAAUACGUGGUUGAGGGAGAUUCACCGUCGCAGCAAAUCACCAUACGUUGGCAUCUGGUUGUUCUGGCGACCAGCCCUAAUGGUCAAUUGUCCGAAGAUCGGACAGAGAGUUUUAAUUAAAGAUGCGGCCCUGUUCAGAGAUAAACUUGUGACCUCCGGUUCCUCUGAUCCAAUAGGAAAGAAUAAUUUAUUUACCGUUAAGGAUCCACUUUGGUCGUCUUUGAGGCGAAAACUGUCACUGGUCUUCACUUCAGCAAAACUGAGAAGUUUGAAUGGACUCAUAGACAUGAAAACUAAGGAGCUCCUCCAGAGAAUCGACAUGGAAAUGACGAAACAGAAGUGUGUCAACAUCCGGAUGGUGUUUACGGAUUACACGACUGACGUUAUCGGUACAGCGUCUUUGGGUUUUGGUGGUGAAGCCACGUUGACUGGACACAGCCUUCUGAGGACCGUCACUAAAGAGUUCAUGAACUUCAGUCUUUUCCGCAGCAUGAGUUGGAUUAUCAUGUUCUUCUAUCCCGAAUGGGUGGAGUUUUUUAAGUUAAGUGCUUUCCCGAAAACCUCUAUAGAUUGCUUGAGUAAAAUUUACCGUUCAGUUUUGGCUCAACGCGGCGGAUACGAGAAUAAGAUAGCCGGCACCAGAGACUUACUAGACGCUUUGAUCAAGAUUAAGCAGGAGUGCAUGAUUAAUAACGAAGAAAUGUCUGAAGAAACCCUGAUCGCCCAAGCGGCUGUUUUCUUGCAAGGGGGUUUCGACACCACAGCAAAAAUUCUGACCUGGAGCGUUUAUGAAUUAUCGUUUAAUGUCGACGUACAGGAAAAGCUGUACAACGAAGUUCUUGAAAUACAGAACAUGGAAGGAACUGAUGAAUUAGAACGGCUAAGCAGCGCGAAAUAUCUUAAUGCUGUGUUAGACGAAACUUUAAGGAAGUAUGCGCCAAUGGGGUGGAUGGACAGAGUCGCCGCUCAAGACUACAAGAUAGACGACAAUCUGACCGUGCCGGCCGGAAUGCCUGUAUAUGUUAACGCUAUCGGCAUCCAUUACGACCCGUCGAUAUAUCCGGACCCGAUGAGAUUCAUGCCGGAACGAUUCCUGAACAACGAGAGCACGAAGCUCCCGAAUUGGGCGUUUGGCGAGGGCCCCAGGAGCUGUAUUGGCCGUCGAUUCGCUCUCCUCAACCUAAGAUGUGCACUCGCUCGGUUAAUCCUGAACUACGAAUUCCGACCAACAUUGGACACUCCCGAUUCGACGAAAGUGAAAUUUGACAAAAAGAGCUUAUUCGUCACUGCGAGUGUACCGCUCUUAAUUGAAUUUUCUCGAAGAGAUUUGGGAAUUGAAAUU